AAUAGUGUCGAUGUCAGGAGCGUUGAAGACAGAGGGAGGGAUGUUGAUAAAUGGACAGCAGGACAGGAGACAGGAAGCGAAGCUGCGUCAUGUCUGCUCACAGUUACACUCACUACUGAGAGUUAGCUCAACUAUCACCGUCUCUGUGACUGGGCUUCGUAUCGCUUCACCUUUUUCUGCAAAGUUCUGGAGAACGGAACAUGUCAGGUCCGAGUGCUCCAGCUGUCCGCGUGCCGAGGUUCUUCUGAAGAGUGCGGCAGUUUGUCAGAUUUGAGCCGGAGGAACGCUUUGUCUCAGGAGCCUUCGAGGGCUCCCAUCGUCAUGGUUAACAACCAAGCGUCAGGCUUACCGCUGGCCCCCAGGUCGUGUGCAGGAUGCGGGGGGAAAAUCGCCGACCGCUUCCUGCUCUUCUCCAUGGAGCGCUACUGGCACACUCGCUGCCUCAAGUGCUCUUGCUGCCAAGCCCAGCUGGGAGACAUCGGCACCACCUGCUACAGCAAAGGGGGCAUGAUUCUGUGUCGGAGUGACUACAUCAGACUGUUUGGGCACAGCGGGGCAUGCAGCGCCUGCGGACAGUCAAUCCCAGCCAACGAGAUGGUGAUGAGGGCACAGGGAAAUGCUUACCACCUGAAGUGUUUCAGCUGUGCCACCUGUAGAAACAGACUGAUGCCUGGCGACCGCUUCCAUUACAUAAACGGUACAAUCUUCUGUGAACACGACACACCCGGCGCCGUGUUGCUCAGCAGCCACCUGCCCCCCCUCCAAAGCAGCUCUGUGCUGACGGACCAGAAGGUAUGCUGAGGUGCACAGAAGCAGGUCUUCCUCCGUUUCUUCUCCCGCUUCUCGUUGUUGUUGUGAUUUCUCAUCACUGCCCCGCCCUUCUCCCCCAGGAGGAAGGACACAGUUGAUUACAAGAUCCUGGUCCGUCACCACAUCGGAAACUAUACACGCGUCACAUUUAUGUUGUGUUCAAUGUUGUCUGUGCAUCAUGCAAGGACUUUGUGUGUGAUUUGCACUGGCACCAGGCUUCUUUGGGACUGAGAGAAAGCCAAAGGAAAGGAUAAAGAUGAAAGCCUGCACCCACUGGAGAAGGGAAUAAGAGACGCUUGAAUGAACAUUCGAUGGACUGCUGUAAAAUGACUGUCAAAGCUUUGCUUAUGCCAUGUGGCAAAUAUUUCCCCUGAGCGUCGGUGUUUUUAAUGAACUUGAUCUCUCUCUUGUAUAAAUUAAUCUGAAAUCUCACACUCUGAGGAUUGAAUAUAAUAUGUAUGGGUGUUAGGUUAAAAUGUCCAGUCUUAAGAAACCUUGUAAUAAGAUUUUUAAAAAGCUGUUUGUCAGAGGUAAGAUUCAAACUUUUCAAAAUCUGAUGUUGCUGAAUGAUGACUGAUUCUUCCAGCAUAAAAAAAUCUGAAAUUGUC